CCCUCUCAGCCGACGGAUGCGGUCGAUACGGCGGAACAGACGGCUCGACCAAGUGACGCUGAUGAUCAGACUGUGGAAGGAUUGUCCAGUGAAGCACACACCGCCGACGUUCAAUCGGAAAAAGUGGGCAAAGUGACAGUCGAGACUGUCACAGAGACAGAUGCGACCGUGAACAAUGACGUCAAGACGGACAAGAAGCUGGACAAAUGUGGAUGCGAGGACGACAAGGAGAACAAACAUGGACCGUAUCUUAGGCCUGAAGAUAUUCCUGCAGACGCCUAUGAGAACCCAGAUCUUUAUCAUUGGCACUACGUUGAUGAAAUCGUUGACUACGAUACGGUCGUUGAUCUAGACGAGAGCGAACCCGGACACAUCAAUGAGGUGAUCGAGUACAUUUUGUCAAAGCAUCCCGAGAGGAUCACCGACAAUGAGAACCAUCUUCUGAACUUCUAUCUAGGAACAAAGCGCCCCGGUGCUGUUGUCCCAAAGGUUUACGUUCCCCUUCGCAGGAAGACACCGAAAAAGACAGGCAACAAUGUUCGCUUCAACAAUGGGACUCCCACCAAAGAGCCUCCAUUCAAGCGUCGUGACCUCAAGGCAACCCCUGAAUUAUGCCGUUCCAACAACACAGCAGUUGCCGCCGAACGUGAUACAUGCCACCAUGACCGAACCUACACGACGAAUGGCACUCCACCAACCCCCCGUGUCUUUGGAGAAUCUGAGGUACCAUAUGCCGAGGCGGAUGUCGAUACCUGCAGCAGUGACUCCUCCGUUUACGAGAACAAUUAUGGCAGGAAGGCAUUUUUCCGCCACCAGAAAGCCAACAGCAGGCCCAGCACCGGUUCUACAGCUGACGACGCGAUUGACGUCGAUGCUAUUCCGGAUACAAAGGAGGAUGACAGAAAGCCGGCUGCCAGGCAGACAAAGAAAAAUAUCACCGAAACCAAACCUACUCCUAUGCCCCAGAAAAAGAAGUUCCCCCCCGUUGCCUCCCUUCCCCGUUCGUCGUCCUCGUCUCCGUCCUCCAGUACACUGUAG